UUGGAGAUUUAGAGCUUCUCAAGAUUUUGGGGAUGGCGAAUAAACAUUUCUUCAAACCUCUUCUUCCCGGAUUUCACAGCCACUUGACAAUUCCUGUAGCUUUCUUUUUGAAGUAUAUAGAAGGAAGAGAUGAGCAGAAGUCUACGGCUGAGCUAACAUCAGACGUCUCCAAGAUUAUCUGGAAUGUGAAGAUAGAUGGCCAAAGAUUCACUGAUGGUUGGGAAGAGUUUGCUAUUGCACAUGAUCUUCGAAUUGGCGACAUUGCCAUUUUUAGACAAGAGAGACACUUGGCUUUUCAUGUGACACUCUUGGGACCUAGUUCUUGUGAGCUUCAGUAUGGUUCUUGUUUCGACCAAGAAAGCAACCUCGAGGAGAAGAAGAGUCCUAAUAAAGAAGCAGAGACUUCUUCACUAGAUCCAUCUUGUUUUGUAGCUAAGGUCGCACCUUCGAGUAUACGUUAUGACUUAUUGCUUUUUCCAAGGCCUUUUGUGAAGGCAAAUAGUCGUGUAAUCAAUGGAUCUGGAGAGAUUGUUCUGAUGAAUGAAAAGGGCAGAACAUGGACUUUUAAACUGCAUAAAAAGCCAGCAUGUGGAAAUGUUUAUAUCAGAGGAGGUUGGAGAGUUUUUUGUGAUGCCAAUGGACUUAAAGAUGGGGAUACCUUCACUUUCAAACUGAUCCAAAGAGGAGGAACUCGUGUUCUACGUUUGGUACCAAAAGAGCCAGUAGAAGAAGAAGCUAAUGAUGUUUCUCCUUCCACAGAACCGGAAUGCCAUGAAGAUAGCAACAUUGGGAAGAUUCAAAAGAAGAUGGAGACAGAGAAGAAUCCAAGAAGAGAAACAGAGUCCUCUUCACUAGAUACCUCUUGUUUUGUGGCUAAUAUUUCGCCUUCGAUGCUACGUUAUGACACUAUGUAUCUUCCAAAGUGGUUUAUGAGGGAAAAUGGUAUAGAUGGAAGAUGUGGAGAUAUGAUUCUGCUGAAUGAAAAGGGCAGAUCAUGGACUUUAGAUUUGAGACGAAAGAGCUGCGGAACUGCUUUCCUCCGAGGAUGGAGAAGUUUCUGCCUUGAUAAUGGCCUUAGAGCUAAAAUGGUUGUAACAUUCAAACUGAUCAAAAAAGAAGGAACUCUUACUCUACGUUUGACUCCCAAUGAGGCAGAAGAGGAAGAACAAGAAGAAGAAGCUAAGGAGGAAGAAGAAGAAGAAGCUAAGGAAGAAGAAGAAGAAGAAGUGAAGGAAGUAGAGUCUCUUUCGACAGAUCAUGGUAGCAAUAAAGAGAGUAGCCAAAACAAGAAAAUCUCACAGGAAAGCUCAAAGAAGCGUAGGUUGAGAUGGAAUUCUUCAUCUUCACCAUCCAAAAACCGGUUUGUGACGUUAAGUCUUAGACCUUACAACAUCUCAUGUUCUGUAAUGCGUUUUCCGAUACCCUUCACUAGGACGAAUGGCAUCAAUAAAGAAACUAAAAUGGCUCUGUUGGAUAAACAAGGUAGGAAGUGGUCCACGAAACUGCGCUCGGAGGGCGCUAAUAGUGAAAGACUAAGACUGGUAGGAGGCUGGAAAGGAUUCCUCGAAGCUAACGGUGUGAAGGCAAAUGAAUCAAUCAAGUUGGAGCUGAUUUGGGAAGAAGAGACCACCUGUGUCCUUAAGUUUCGCUCCAAGGUGAACCUAUAAACCAAAAUGAAACUGUAUAUGAGUAUAAUGUUGACAUGAAUCAAUGUUUGACUCUCUUUUCUUAGGUAAGAUUUAACAAUGGUCGGCUUAACUCUUAAGGUCUAAAACAGUACUAUUGUAGUGUGUUUUUGUAUGUAUGUUCACUACUGUUGUAUGAUCAAACUUAACUCUUAAGGUCUAAAACUGUACUAUUGUAGUGUGUUUUAGUAAGUAUGUUCACUCUGUUGUAUGAUCAAA